UGGUCCUGGGGCAGGGAGCGUGGACAGCGCCGGGAGGAAACCGCAGCGCGCGCAGCAUCUCUUCUCCCGCCCUCGACAGCUCCACCUCGCGGCUCCAGACCUGGAAGUCGGACUUGCAGACCCACAGGCGGACCCGCAUCCCUUCCCUUCUUCUUUCAAAAAGACACCCGCCCUCGGCUGCCCAGCUCCAGCCCCCGCGGCCAGCCCUCGGCCGGCACCCGCGCCCUGGGGCUCCUGGACCGUGCGGCGUCGAGCAUCCUCGCCGAGGUCCUUUCUGGCCUCUGUCCCUCUUCCGCCCCUCCCCCAUCACACCUGCUGGUCCUCUUUGCCUCUCUUUCCCGGAAUCGUUAAGCCCCCAACCCGGCCGGCGCCACUUUAGCAACUCGCCCUUGCGGGUCCCCGUGCGUCCCCACGCGUCAGGUCCCCCCCGCAGCCAUGAGCUCGCCCAUCAGCUCAAGCCGCUCCCUGGCCGCCUUCCUACAGCAGCUGUGCCGCCUCGGGCAGCCCCCCAGAUCCGUGACAUCCACGGGGUGCGCGCCCCCUCGGCCACGGGAGGUGCCCCUGUGCGCGCCAACGGAACGUGGCGAGGCGCAGCACGCGACCUCCCUGCCAGGCCCCACCAACUGGCCACUGCUGGGCAGCCUGCUGGAAAUUCUCUGGAAAGGGGGGCUCAAGAAGCAGCACGACACGCUGGCGGAGUACCACAAAAAGUACGGCAAGAUUUUCCGCCUGAAGUUGGGUGCCUUUGACUCGGUGCACCUGGGCUCGCCGUGCCUGCUGGAAGCGCUGCACCGCACCGAGAGCGCGUACCCCCAGCGGCUGGAGAUCAAACCCUGGAAGGCCUACCGCGACUACCGCCAGGAGGGCUACGGGCUGCUGAUCCUGGAAGGGAAAGACUGGCAGAGGGUCCGAAGUGCCUUUCAAAAAAAACUAAUGAAACCAGUCGAAAUCAUGAAGCUGGACAACAAAAUCAAUGAGGUCUUGGCAGAUUUUACAGGUAGAAUAGAUGAACUCUGUGACGAGAGAGGCCACAUCGAAGACUUAUACAGUGAACUGAACAAAUGGUCAUUUGAAAGCAUCUGCCUUGUGCUCUAUGAGAAGAGAUUUGGGCUCCUUCAGAAGAACACAGGGGACGAAGCUUUGAACUUCAUCAUGGCCAUCAAAACAAUGAUGAGCACGUUUGGGAGGAUGAUGGUCACGCCUGUCGAGCUGCACCGGAGCCUCAACACCAAGAUCUGGCAGGCCCACACGCUGGCCUGGGACACCAUUUUCAAGUCAGUCAAAUCUUGUGUCGACCAGCGGUUAGACAAAUACUCUGGGCAGCCCGGCCCAGAUUUCCUUUGUGAUAUUUAUCACAACAAUCAGCUUUCAAAGAAAGAAUUGUACGCGGCUGUCACGGAGCUCCAGCUGGCUGCAGUAGAAACGACAGCCAACAGCUUAAUGUGGCUUCUUUACAAUUUAUCCCGUAAUCCCCAUGUGCAACAGAAGCUUCUUAAGGAAAUUCAGAGUGUACUGCCUGAGAAUCGGAUGCCACGGGCAGAGGAUUUGAAGAAUAUGCCAUAUCUAAAAGCCUGUCUAAAAGAAUCCAUGAGGCUCACCCCGAGUGUGCCAUUUACAACUAGGACUCUUGACAAGGCCAUGGUUCUGGGCGAAUAUGCUUUACCCAAAGGAACAGUGCUGAUGCUCAACACCCAGGUGUUGGGGUCUGAUGAAGAAAACUUUGAAGAUUCAAGUCAGUUUAGACCGGAACGAUGGCUUCAAGAGAAAAAGAUCAACCCUUUCGCGCACCUUCCCUUCGGCACUGGGAAGAGGAUGUGCAUCGGCCGCCGGUUAGCUGAGCUGCAGCUCCACUUGGCUCUCUGCUGGAUCGUCCGCAAAUAUGACCUCGUGGCCACGGACAGCGAGCCUGUGACGAUGCUGCACUUAGGCAUAAUGGUGCCCAACCGGGAGCUCCCCGUCGCUUUCUGCCGGCGCUAAGCGGCCUCACGUGAGCAGCCGGGAUGCUGCACGUGACCGAGGAUUUUUUUCUACCAAGACCCGGAGCAACGGUUUUUGAUUCCCCUUGCAAGAACGGUGCCUAUGGCUUCUGCAUCAGUCAAAAACAAACCUCAAAAGCCGGAGCAUGAAAUAGCAUGUAAAGAACAUUUAGGCUCAGGUGUUUAUGUCCUGGUUUCUGAACAGCUGUUCCAGAAGCUGUACCGUCUAUGCAGAUAAUGGCAUUUAUUAAGACCGCAUCUGACUCUGGGAAGUGGGUGGAGUGUUGGAAUGAAUAUCAGGCACUGCGCGGGGUGUGCUGCUGGCUUACAACGGAUGUCAGCACUCGACUGACACAGAGUUGCUCAUGCUCUUGUUUCUUCUUGCAUUUUCCAUGACACGGUGGGGAGGCCGGGCCCAUGUCAGCCAGUCAGGUAAACAUCCCUAGAUGUUCCUGUCCCUGCCCUACCAAAUUCGCCGCGUGAAUCUUCUCAAGAUUACGUGUACAUGUUACAGUGAAAGACCUACUAUAGCUAAAUCGUCUGAAGGUCACAGUAAUUUUGACAAUCCACUUAUCGUAACUCCAUUUAAUGUAAUAUUUGGAAAUAUUUUUGCUUAAUAAUGUAAGCAAAGCUAAAUGUUGGCUGAAGUUAUCAAGUCCAUAUGACACUGCAUUUUUUUUCUGUUUUGAAAUAGAAAUGUUAUUGGGAAAUUAGAGAAAAUCUCUAUUUUAAGAAAUACUUUCACGAAGUCAAAACCUCUUAUCUAAGAAUACCUUAAGAUUUACUGGGGCAUCAUUUUUAUAAAGAAUCCUGAAAUUCUUUAUUUAGUUAAUAUUUCUCCUCUGUGACAUUAAGAAGUAGAUCAACAGUUUUUCAAUUGUAUGUCUACGUGUGUGUAUUCUAAUGGCAACUUUCUUAAGUCAUUUUUUAAAAUAUAUAUGGUAUUUGAUUUAGGAUCUGUGGUUUAAGGCAAUGUUCUAAAGUUCAGUUGCAGCUUAAAAAUAUUCAGUGACUUCCCAUGCCUUAAUUUUCCCAUCUGUAGAAUGGGAUAAUAGUAGAAUGUGCGUGUAUCAUAGAUUAACUAUAUAACCUAUGCAUGUGAUUUGAAUUCCCUGGGAAGGUUUGAUAACACAAAUGGAAAUGCAUAGAGAUUUAUACAAUAUUUACAAAACUCUCUUUAAAAAUUGUGUUUACAUAUGGUUUAUUAACAUAUAUUUUUACUACUAUUUUUCCUAAGAGGUAACUACAUAUUCCUGCAUAUUUGAUCAAGAUUUUCCUUUUUAGGUUAUAUUUUUAGAAUAUUUCAGAAGUAUACAUUUAUACCUUUAUAUUUGAAUAAAUGUGUACAUAUUGCUAACAUAAAUGUAUGCUUUCUCAAUGCUAUGGAAUUAUAUUUAGAAUGAUAAAUCCAUAUGUUGUCAGAUUUUAUCUGUAUAUCUUUUGUGAAUUCUCUGUAAGAAUA